AUGGAGCAAACACAAGGUGCUUGUAUAGAAGAGGAGAGAAAAGCACUACUUGAAAUCAAAGCCUCCCAUAUGAAGUCAUAUGAUUCCGAAAUGGACAAUUUUCUCCCUACCUGGGUUGAUUAUGACAACAGUACCACUGGGGAUGGUGGCAGCAACUGCUGUGAUUGGGAGAGGAUCAACUGCAGCACAACAACGGGGCAUGUGACAGACCUCUCUUUUUACUAUUUGAGAGGGAUGAUAGGUGAUAAUAUGGAGUUUGGGAGCAAGCUGUGGCCAUUGAAUGUUUCCUUGUUUCUUCAUUUUAAAGAGUUGACAAGUCUCAAUUUGUCACAGAAUUUUCUUGAUAAAGAAUUUAUGAAGACAGGACUUGAAAGGUUGUCGGGUUUGAAGAAGUUGGAGGUUUUGGACCUCAGUUUCAAUGAUGAUAUUGAUAACGACAUCCUUCCAUCAUUGAGGACACUCACUUCACUCAAAGUCUUGGAUCUUAGCCACACUAAAUUGAAUGGGAACUUCUCUAUCAAAUUUGCUGCUUUAGAGAACUUAGAGAUGUUGGAUCUACACUAUUGUAGCUUCAAUGGUACCUUGGAGAUUCAAGGUUCUGAGAGGGUUUCCGUAUUGAGGAAGUUGAAAACUUUAAAUCUUGCGGGCAACUGGUUUGAUGAAAGCAUCAUAACAUCUUUAAAUGCCCUUUCAUCGCUUACAAGCUUGGAUCUUAGCAGAAAUCGAAUGUCGGGACAAUUUCCAGCUCAAGAAUUUGCUGCUUUAGAGAACUUGGAGAUGUUGGAUCUAAGUGAUUGUGGCUUCAAUGGUACCUUUGAUAUUCAAGGUUCUGAGAGGGUUUUCAUAUUGAGGAAGUUGAAAACUUUAAAUCUUUGGCGCGGCAGAUUUAAUGAAAGCAUCAUAAGAUCUUUAAAUACCCUUUCAUCACUUACAAGCUUGGAUCUUAGCGGCAAUCCAAUGUCAGGACCAUUUCCAGCUCAAGAAUUCCUUAAUUUGUCUGAUUUGGAAGUCCUCCUCUUGAGCGGUAAUUAUUUCAAUGGAACGAUACCAAUGGAAGCUUUUGCAUCUUUCCACCGUUUGGAGGUCUUAGAUUUGAGUCGAAACAGUUUUGUUGGCAGCAUCCCGUCAGCAAUACAGGCAUUAGCUUCCCUAAGAGCUCUCUCAUUUUCUGAAAAUAAUCUUGAUGGCUCAUUAUCAGAUCAUGGGUUGUGUGAGUUGAAGAACCUCCAUGAGUUGGAUCUGAGCAACAACAUGCUCCAUGGAACUCUGCCUGAUUGUUUGAAAAAUCUGUCAUCUCUUAGGUUUUUGGAUAUUUCUUCAAAUCGAUUCACGGGAAUACUUCCGUCAUCACUCAUUGUUAAUCUUACAUCUCUCGAGUACAUUGAUUUUAGUCAUAACGUAUUUGAAGGUUCAUUCUCCUUCAGCUCCUUCUCCAAUCAUAUAAAGCUUCAAUUCGUUCGAUUCAGAAGCGACAAUGACAAGUUUGAGGUGGAAACAGAAGAGCCUAUAGGUUGGAUUCCAAUGUUUCAGUUGGAAAUUCUUGAGCUAUCUAACUGUAAUAUGAAAAUGCCUAAAGGACGUGUUAUUCCUGGGUUUCUACUUCACCAGCACAAGUUACGAUAA